GGAAAUGAACUGUUUGAGGAGCAAAGAAGGACUCAAGUAAUGGCAAGGCAAUGUCUGCAGAAGCUGAUGCAUUUCCUAUCACUUCUUGGACGCUUUAGGACCCCUCUUAAGAUUGCUGCUUAUGCCAGGAAUACAAAUGUAGUGCGGCUUCUGCUUCAGCACGGUGCUGUUCUUUCUCAUCGAGACGAGAACGGCUUCACAGAUAUGGCUUAUCUUGAUGUCUUUACUCCUGGUUUUUCUAAGACACUGCAUGAAUACGUCAGAAGUAAAAGGACGGGAGAAUGCUCUGUAGGAGGUGCAGGAGGUGCAGCUGUACAUGAGAUCUCUUCCUCCGCAACGACUGCUGCCCCUCCCGUGGGAGCACCUGCACAGAGUGGAGCAGGUGUCUUGCCAGAAGCUGGAGCAGAGCAAGAGGAAGACUUUGAUUCCCUGUCUGAUUUUGAGACGGAUUCCGAAGGUCCAAUGGAACUACUUGAUGCCGUCCUGCUUCCAGGUGCAAAACAACAAGGAGCGUGUGCGCAUCCUGUUGCAGAGGAGCGCCACAAUGGUGUGUUGCCAGCAGCAGGAGCAGCACAAGAAGACGACGAUGAGUCCCUUUCUGAUUCUGAGACGGAUUCUGAAGGUCUAACAGAACUUCUGGAUUCCGUGCUGCUUCCAGGUGCAAAACAACAAGGAGCGUGUGCGCAUCCUGUUGCAGAGGAGCGCCACAAUGGUGUGUUGCCAGCAGCAGGAGCAGCACAAGAAGAAGAAGAUUUUGACUUCUCUUCUUUGGAUGAGGUACUUUGUCUUCCCGAGCUAAAGGAAUUGUUAUGCUUCUUAAGCCCAGCUGCUGAAAGGCAGUGUGAUGCUGCAGUGUUGCUGCGGAUUCCUCUCCUCACUGUCUGUCGGUCUGUGUUCUUGCUCGCUCAGGAUUUUGCACUGGAGAGAGAAGAGCUUCCGCUCAAGAAGGAGGCUUCAACACAAACCGAUGGUCAAGGCGACACUCAGGAAUGGGUCAGGUGGCUGCAGCAGGAGCUUGCCAGCGCUCUCAGAAAGUGCUCCCUGGCAGAAGCUUCACUUGAAGCUGAGAAGCGCCACAGCAGGGACCUGCAGGAACAGAAACUGCAGCUGCAGAAGGAACUGGACAGUUCUAAAGCUCAGCUGCAGGAACUGAAAGAGCGGCUUAUCCGGAACGAGUGUUAUGCCGAGUCCCUGGAGAGUGCCAUAAAGAACAAGGAGAGGGAGCUAACAGCUUCCAAGCACCUGCAGAGACUUCUGGUCACCUCUUCUGGAACUGCGUCUGUCCCAGAGCUGGAAGAACGCGUGCAGCAGCUCCAAGUUCGAAGGGCCAGGCUGGCAGCCACAGUCCAGCAACAAGCCAAGACUAUGGAAGCCCUUCAGCAAGACCUGCAAGCCUCUGCCUCACCACUGCUGAGCCUCCAGCGCCAUUAACACUGAGGAGAUGCCAGAGCAGAGGAAGUGCCGGUGCCCGAAAGCUGAGUGGUGACAAGAGAGAGGAAUGAAGCCUGCAAACCCUGACAUUCCAUCUUGUGCAGCCAUUGCCCUGCAUCUAGUUCCAGCUGUACUGUUGCAGCGUGCUGUUUAAUAAACUGUGUCGUCUA